AUGCCUGGCUUGAGAUGGUUGAGUUUUCUGUCGGCCAUACAUAGCGAUGGUGGGGAGGAAAGACGUGGACAAGGAGGGGGAGAGGGAGAAGAAGACCAGGCCCCUUUGCUGGCAGCCGACGAUGAUGUUCGAGCCAAGAGGAGAGCCAGACGGGCAAGGAAGCGCGAGACGCAAUCGACCCUGCUCCGGCGACACCUGCGACUCCUGUGGAAAACCCUGUGCGGGUUGCUGUGCCUCGGCACCGCCGUCUCCGCCGCCGUGACCCUGGUGGCCGCGAUCGAGCUGCGCCGACACCUGGGCAGAUCCUUCUUCGCGCUGCCGCUGGCCGUGCACCUGCUGCUGGACGCCCUGCUCGCGCUGAUCCCGCUGCUGGUGGCCAGGGGGGACGGGGAAGGGGAGCCCCCCCCCCCGGUCCCUACUUCUCAGGUGGAGUUCCAGCGGCAGCUGCGGGCGGGCCGGACCAUCGCCCAGGCCCGGCGGCGGCCGGAGGAAGACGACGAGGCCUGCGGCGGCGGCGCCGCCUGCUGCUUCCGGCUCGGGCUGUCUCGACGGACCUCUGCCGCGCUCGCGCUCGCGUACAGCCUGGUCGACGCCGCCUGGUGUGCCGCCUUCACCGUGGCCGUGCUGGCGGCGGCGUGGGCCAUCGCGGUGGAGGCGGACGGCACGGUGGCCCCCGAAUGGCGGGGCAUGCACGCCGCCCUGACCUCUGCGGCCGUCUUGAGCGGGGUGGCGUCGGGCGUCAGGGUGCUAGCGGCGAUCACGAUCGGGGCCUAUCUGAGGGGGGGGGAGAUUGGGGUGCCGGGUGGCAGAAAGGCCUACUGCACACGACAAAGAACUAGCGGCCAGCAAGAUAUUGGAGACUUUUAUUUAUCGGAUCCUGCAAACUCUCUCCGCUUUCGAAAUACAGACAACCCAUUGACCGCGUCCCCUCCUUUCCUUCGCCGCCAGUCCCGAUCGCGCCUGGUGUACGUGCUCCGCAACACGGACGAGCCCCCCUGGCACUAUACCAUGUCGCCGAAGAUGCAGCGGCUGGCCAUCCGGCAGGCGACGCUGCUGUUCGCCGGGUCCUGCCUGCUCGUGGCCAUCGGCGCGGGGAGCUACAUCCUCUGCUUGACGGUCGACACCGAAAGUGCCGAACACUACAACCACUGCGACCCGCUCGACACCACCCUCUGCGCGCUGCCCUUCCCAUCCUCCUUUUUCUUGGAGGAGGACAUGUCAGAAUCGUCAACUUCGGCGGCGACGGCGGCGGCGAGAGGGACGGGGUACAGAGUGUCCUUCGGGCCCAAGAGCUUGCCGUACACCCGGGGACGGAUGAACGUGUCCCCGGAUUCGAUUAACGCCUACGACGGUUUCUCGACGCUCGCACCCAUCUUGUUUUACCUCGAGGGAAUGUCGGCGAGCGGGUUCGCCGGUCCCGGGGACAUCGGGGCCUCGCUGCAAGCCAACUCCACCACCUGGCUCAUCGACGCCGACACGGGCGGGAUGGUCCCGCACUUCGCCGAGUUGGACGCCCUCGACCCUGAGAAACCGCUGGCCGUGCUUCAGCCCGCGGCUCCUCUGCGCCACGGGACGCGGUACAUUGUGGCGGUGUGCGGGGCGCUGGGCGACUGGGGGGAGCUUCUCCCGCCAACCUCUGGUUUCCAAGAGCUUGUAGAGGCGUCGCAGGCGGACAGGACGACGAAGAUACACCCCGACCUCCGCCGCCGGGCAGACCGGUUCUCGAGGGAGAUAUUUCCGACCCUCAGAAACACCGGGCUGGGCGGCUUGAGUGCCGGCGGCUCUGCGCGAGCCCUUUCCGGUGGGGUUGCGGACGACGGCGAUGGUGGCUCGGUGUUACGGCCGUCCGACUCUCCGCUUUCCUCCAGCGGCAGCGGCAGCGGCAGCGGCGGCGGCGGCGGCGACGGCGGUGAAGGGAGCGGAAGCGGCGCUGCCCCCGGAGGAAGAAGAGCAAGACGAAGACUAGCAGGGACGGCGGCGACGGUUGCGGGGGAAGGGUGGGGGGAAGGGGAAGGGCUGGUGGGCGCAGGCUUGGGUGACGUGCAGCUGGCGUGGGACUUCGUGACCGCCUCAGAGGGGGGCCAGCUCAGCGUGCUGCGGUCGAUGAGGGAGGCCUCGAAGGCCUGGCUGGAGGCUGCUUUAACGUCGACGGGACCGACAUCGGCGACGCCGCCGCGGCAUCUUCGGGAGAUUGUUGACGUCAGCGGCGGCAUUCCGGCAGGGGUCGUCGGGCAUCGGGACGGAGACAGAGGAGGUUGUAGUGGUAGCGAGGGGGGCGGUAGUGAUAGAGGAGGAGGCCGGCGGCGGCGCGUGACGUCGGACGUGGAGCAGCCGGCGGCGGCGGCGGCGUUGUACCGGGUGGUGUCGGUGGAGGAGUCCGCCGACUACAGCAGCGACGGCGACGACGACGGCGGGGGGUUUAACGCCGAGCACCCCGCGAUCGUGCGGACGGUGUGGGGAAGGCUGCGGGCCCCGGCGUUCACGUCCCCGUCCUCUCGCGGCACCGGCCUAGAGACAACGCCUUCCGCAACCGCCACAACCAUAACCACCACCACCACCAACAGCAAUGGCGCCGCCGCAUCUGCCGGCGCCACCCUCGAGGUAGGGUUCGUCGUCAGAGUCCCGCGCUGCGUGGCCCUCGGGCGGAAGCGGCCGGCCGCUCUCGUGCAGUACGGCCACGGGCUGUUCGGCGACCGCGCCGAGGUGGAAGACGGCUUCCUCGACUUGAUGGCGGAGAGGGGGGCCUGGGUCCUGGUCGCCGCCGACUGGAGGGGGAUGUCGCGCAUCGACCUUGCCGUGGUGGCACGGGCGCUGGUGUCGGCGCCGGAGCUGCUGCUUUCGGGAACGCCGGAGGACCUAAUGCAGGGCUUCGUGAACCAAGAGGCCGCGCUCACCCUGGUGUCACGGCACCUGGGAGACUUCCUCGGAGACCGCGCGACCGCGCUGUCGGAGGAGGAGGCGCGGGCGGUGCCCCUGGCGUUCUACGGGAUAUCGCAGGGGGCGAUCCUGGGUGCCGGCUACACGGAGUUCUCCUCCUUGAUACGGAGGUCGGUGCUGGGAUCGGGCGGCACUCCUUUCUCUCUUCUGAUGCCGAGGUCGGUCGACUUCGCGGCCUACCACGAGCUGCUCAAGCUCAACGUGCCCAGCUCGCGGGACGUUCGUCUGCUGUUGUCGCUGCUGCAGAUGUCCUGGGAUCGCUUGGAAGCGGCGGCCUGGCUGGCUUCGGAUUCGGCAGCAGCGGCGGCGGCGGCAGCCACCGAUGGCGGCGAUGACGACGGCAACGAGAGAUUUGCGCGAAACAAGGCUGUGCUGAUGCAGGCGGGCACCGGCGACGCAGAGGUGAGCGUCAUCGGUACGGAGAUCCUGGCGCGAGCUUACCAGGCCACCGCGGUCUCGCCCGUAGCCGUUCCCACCUGGGGUGUUCCAGCGGCCGCCCCCGCCGCCCCCGGCAACACUUCGUCGUGCGACAACGAUGCCACUUCUUUUGCUGCUUCGCUGGCUCUGUACGACUACCGACGAGAAGCUGAGGAGGUACCCGACGACGACACCCCGCCGCCGUGGGGCUGGGUGCACAUGUGCGUCCGCCACGACCCGGACGCCGAGCAGCAGGUGCUCGAGUUCGUCGAGACAGGCUGCGUCGUCAAUUUCUGCCGCGGCGCGUGCGAGCGGCCCUACUGCCGGCGAGCGUGAGAGAUGACGGCGACGACACC